AUGAAUACAGAAUGGGAAGAGGAGGAAGACGACCCAACUUACAAGGCGGAAUCCACAGUGUUCAGCAGACUUCCUCCAGAACACGAGGCAUACAAACCAACCAAGCGCGCGGGGUACAACCCCAAAGCAGAGCAUGAUUACACCUUGAGCUAUCGUCCUGAGGACAUGGCUGAAAAUUCAAAAUUCAUUCCAGAAAUCGCGUGCGCGGCCAUCGACAAAACGAAGUUACCACACAACGUGGGUAAAUACAAUGGGUUGACGGACCCAGACGAUCACCUCCAGGUGUUUAAAGGUGCAGGAGCAACAGGCGGAUGGAACUUACCAACAUGGUGCCACCUGUUUGCUCAGACAUUCGUUGGCGCGGCGCGCAUUUUGUUCGACAACUUACCGGCUGGCAAAAUCAAAUCAUGGGUCGAUUUCCGAGAGAAGUUCCUGGCACACUUCUCUCAGCAACGAAGACAAGCCAGAGAUCCGGGUGACUGUCUGAACAUAUGGAGAAAAGACUAUGAAAGUGUAGAAGAUUUCAUUACAAGGUAUAACAAAGAAUGUCUAGAGAUCGGAGACAUACGAGAGAAAAUGAUGCGUGCACACUUCAUGCGAGCGGUCAAGUGCGACGAUCUGGUUAAAAGAAUCAAAGGGCGAGAUGGAGGACCCAAAGACUGGGAAACCUUCAUUGAAGCGGCCAAGACCAUUGCGCAGACAGACAUGCAACUGACCGGUGACGAUCACCAUACGGGCCACUUGACCGAUGACUGCUUUAGCUUAAAGCAAGAAAUCGAAAGAGCUCUAAGAGACGGAAAGCUCGGUCACUUAGUCAAAGGAGGAAAGCGCGAUUACCGCCAAAUACAACGAAGAGAUGAAGGUCCAGACAACAAGAAGCUCAGAAAGCUAGAAACUCAUAUGGUGCAAGGAGGUCCACGGCGACCAAGAAAAAACUACAACAAGCGCGCACAGGAUGAUUCAUGGCGCGAGAAGCAAGUAGUGUUCCCAGUUGUCAGGGGAGGUCCAAGAGAAAAGCGGCCAAUAGUCAUCCCAGGGGUGAUCGGCCACUACCAAACAGAUUACAUCUUUAUUGAUCCCGGGAGCACCGCAGACAUCAUAUAUGAACAGUGCUUCAAUCAGUUCGACCAAGAGGAUAAGGCGCACCUAGAACCAGUCGAUUACCCACUAACUGGAUUCUGCAACGAGGCCGUCUUUCCCCUAGGACAAAUAUCGUUCCCAGUAUUGCUUUCCGAUGGGAGAAAUUCAAGAACCGAAGAAGUCACAUUCAUGGUGCUACCGGCACAUUCAAGACAUGACAUCCUCUUAGGAAGAGAAUCCCAAGGAGAUUUCAGCAUGAUCUGUUCCGCACCACAUUCUGCCAUAGGCUUUCCAACCGAAACAGGCAUUGCGUUGAUGUACGCAAGCAAAGAAGUGCUAACAACAGAUGAAAUCAGGCCGGCAAAAGCAAGCAAGCCCGCACCGCGCAUAGAGGCAGAAAAAUGGGUAUUGAAUAGCGCGUACCCAGAACAAACAGUCACUCUGGGGCCCGCAAUGUCUGAUCUAACGCGUGCGGCGCUAAAGAAAUUACUGCAUGACAACAUGGACGUGUUCGCCUGGACACCGGCUCAUAUGGUCGGUGUUCCACGGCAUAUAGCAGAACACCGGCUAAAUGUCUCGGAGGAUGCAAAGCCAGUAGUGCAUGCUAAACGACACCUGGGAGACAUCAAACACGAUGCAAUGAAAGAACAAGUGUUAGAACUGCUAAACGCAGGAAUCAUCAGGGAAGUCCGGUACCAAACGUGGGUAGCAAGCCCAGUAAUGGUAAAGAAACCGAAUGGUAGUUGGAGAAUGUGUGUCGACUACAAAGAUCUGAACAAAGCAUGUCCCCGUGACUGCUAUGCUUUACCAGACAUAGACGAGAAAAUAGAUUCUUUGUCAACGUUUCGGUGGAAAUGUUUUCUGGAUUGCUACAAAGGAUACCACCAGGUCCAGAUGGCUGUUCAAGACGAAGAUAAAACCGCAUUCCGCACGCCAACGGGGUUAUACUGCUACACCAAGAUGCCGUUCGGCUUAAAGAAUGCAGGUGCUACGUAUCAACGGUUGAUGAACGAAACAUUCAGUGACGCCAUCGGUAAAUACAUAGAGGUAUACAUGGAUGAUCUGGUAAUCAUGAGCAAGGAGGAGAGCGCGAUGCUGGCAAAUAUUCAGAAAACCUUCAACACGCUGCGCAGCGUGAGCAUCAAACUGAAUCCAGCAAAGUGCUCAUUCGAAAUGGAGGAAGGAAAGUUUUUGGGCUUCAUAGUCACUAAAGAUGGUUUUAAGGUGAACCCAGAAAAGGUCCAGGCCAUAGAGAGGAUGCCUUCACCAGCAAACGUCAAAGACAUGCAAAAGCUCGCAGGACGAUUGGCAGCACUCAAUCGGUUCCUAGCUAACCACGCAGCAAAAUCCUUCCCAUUCAUCAAGACCUUGCGCAACUCUUCCGACAGGGCCGUCGGAGCCGUAUUGCUGGUUGAUCGACAAGGUGUCCAAACACCUGUGUAUUAUGUGUCCAGAACCUUAACCGACCCAGAAACCAGAUACGCAAUCAUGGAAAAGCUUGUCCUUGCACUGAUUCACGCGUCAAGAAGGCUGCGCCGAUAUUUCGCCAAUCACGUCAUCCACGUGUUAACAAAUUACAAUAUUGGGAAUAUCCUAGCAAGGCCAGAAGUAUCAGGAAGGUUGGCCAAAUGGGCAAUAGAGCUAGGGGGACACAACGUAGUCUUCAGACCACAACCGUCGAUCAAAGGCCAAGUUUUGGCAGACUUCAUGACGGAAGUCCCAGAUGACAAAGACAGAGAGUGUAAGGCGAUGGAGAAGGCUGAGAAAAAACAAACCGAAGAACCAUGGCUGCUGUAUACAGACGGUGCAUCCAACGAAGAUGGGGCAGGCGCGGGGCUACGGCUAGUAAGCCCUGACAAACACGAGUUCACUUACGCCAUACGCCUAGACUUCAAGAGCACAAAUAACGAAGCCGAGUACGAAGCCUUUCUGGCCGGCCUGCGUUUGGCAAUCAAAAUGGGAGUCCGACACAUCGAAGCACAUGUGGACUCCAUGUUAGUAGCAGGCCAAAUCAAUGGUCAAUACGAAGCCAAGGGCGACAUAAUGGCACUCUAUCUCAACCAAGCAAAGACGUUGCUGCAAUCCUUCUAUUCUUACAAGGUGCACCACAUAAACCGCAGCGAGAACAAGCCGGCAGACGCCUUAAGCAAGCUUGCGUCAACAAGUUUCCAGCACCUAGCCAAAGACGUGCGCAUAGAAGUUUUAAGCAACCCGUCUGUUCCACUCAGAGAAGUCAGCGUCAUCCAAACAGGAACCACGUCCUGGAUGACACCCAUAAUCAUGUACUUACAGUCCGGGAUACUUCCAAAAAAUAAAGCUAAGGCGCGGAAAAUCCAGUAUAAAUCAGAACAUUAUCAGAUGGCAGACGGGAUAUUAUACCGAAAGUCAUAUCUCGGCCCGCUGCUAAGAUGUGUUGACGCCGACGACGCAAAUUAUCUGAUACGGGAAGUACAUGAAGGCAUUUGCGGUAUCCACGCCGGGCCGCGCAUGGUAGUGGCAAAAGUAAUGAACGCCGGUUACUACUGGCCCGGAAUGCACCUCGAUGCCGUGAAGGAAUUAAGAAAGUGCAGCGGCUGCCAACGGCAUGCACCAAAAACCAUGCGUCCAAAAAACGAGUUGGUGCCAGUAACAACCGCAUGGCCCUUUCAGCAAUGGGGCAUAGACAUGGUGGGCCCUUUCCCAGAAGCUCCGGGGGCAGUCAAGUUCAUCAUCGUCGCGGUCGACUACUUCACCAAGUGGGUGGAAGCAAAAGCACUUGCGUCAACCACAUCGGCAGUCGUUAAACGAUUCAUCUGGGAACAAAUCAUAUGCCGGUUCGGCCUGCCACUCCGAAUCAUCACCGACAAUGGUACAAACUUUGCAACAGAUGAUCUCGAACGAUGGUUCAAGGAACUAAACAUUGAACAUACCUUCUCGUCGGUCGCACAUCCGCAAGGGAAUGGUCAAGUUGAAGCGGUCAACAAGAGCAUCGUCGAUGGCAUCAAAGCGAGGCUCGGUGAAAAAAGACGAGGGUGGGUCGACGAGCUACCAAGCAUAUUAUGGGCCCAUAGAACAAUGCCCAAGACAAGGCGAAUCGCCGACACAUUUACCUAA